UGACAGUGCUGCUUGAUGAAAAUUCGAGGGAUGCGACUGCGCUAUUUAAAAAAAGUAGUGCAGCCUUAUCGUUGAAAUGAUUCCAAUAAUCUCUCGAGCCUUUUUCGAGACAACUACGAUCGAUCACUGGCCAUCUUAGGUAAAAAUUAGAACUUCCAUCGUGACAAUCGUAUGUCAAGACAGAAGUAUGCGGUAGACUUGCUGACUCCAAGAAAAUGGCACAGGAUUCGAUGGCGCUUUGCCACAGAAAGUCCACGCGUUGCAUGAAGAUUCCAUUGAAGUCCAACGAGCAGAUAUACCUGAUCUUCCUUUUACCAGCAGUGAUCAAUUGUCUUAUAUACAUAGUACACUUCUCAGCUGAUCUAGUGGUAGCUAUUCAACACUUCAAGGAGGAGAAUCCGAUAUGGGGAAGCUGCACUCUUGCUAUUAUGUAUGCCCCGGCGCUCAUGUAUUUCAUAUUAACGGUGUCGAGGCCAGAUUGGUGGAUGACAGAUGACGAUAAGGUGUCCAAAGGUGUGCUUGGCUGGUUCGCGUUGCAACUAUGCCAGCUUGCGGGAUUUGUGUUGUACGUGUUGUACAGGUACGCAGGACUGAUUGUACUCUCGGUGGAUGCCAUAUCCUUAUCUGGAGAUGCGAGAGUCAAGACGCUAAAUGCAGCUGCAGCACCCGCAGCCAUUGAAUUGUACUUCUUCCUGCAAGCUUGGUUCCAGGCCGCUCCGCAAGCUAUUUUUCAGACGCACUUACUCUUCAGACAGAGUUCGGUAGCUCGUAGUUAUCAGUCGGUGACAGUACAGGUGCUCUGCAUCACCAUGUCCAUCAUGAUACUGGCCAUCCAGACAGCUUCCUUCCAAAGAUUUGAAAGCCAGCGUGUGAAUGGCAGGAAACUGCCGUGGGCGAUGUGGCUGAAGAAAUACUGCGUCGAGGAACUGAACAAUGUCGAGGAGAAGGCGCCGUUACAAGCAUUGCCCGCUCCGUCGCAGGAAGACAAAGCAGACAACGCGCCGAGCGAGAACCCGGCGCCUUCGGAGAACAUACCGCCGGCGAGUACACCGCCGCAGGAGGAUCAUCCGGUUCCCGAGGACGAACGGCAGCUCGAAACUCAACCGCAUGCAGCUUCCCUGGAGCGUCAGAUUUCCGUGACGCCGCCAUUACCGCCGAAGAACGUGCACAUCACGCCGCCGCCGACGCCGCUGCGCGGCAUCACGACGGUCGUGCCGCUUCCGAUACCGGACACCCCGGCGCCCCCGCGUCCCGAUUCCGUCCACCGCGAGGAGGAAGCGAGGGCGUCGACCCUCGAGUCGGGUCAAAGACUGAUGGGCAGCGAGCAGAGUCUAAAAGUUCCUAAGCGGAAGUAUUCCGAGAAGGGCCUCGAGGAGGACGAUCCGAUGGGGAAGUUCCUGUCGUUCCUCUGGUGGUUCUUCUUCAUCCUAGCGCGCGUGCUCGCCAUCGGCGUAGCCUACGAGUUCUACCCGAGCACCGUGCUCGCGGUUCUCGGCGCGCACUACGCGAUCAUGCUGAUCUACAUCUUCUACUACUCCAAGUACUACGACGCGAUCACGUUCGUGGUGAACCUGUGGCUCGGUCUGGUCUACAUCUUCAGCCUGAUCGAGUACCGGAUCAAGUUCAAGUACGCCGGCUGGUGGACGCUGCCAUACUACGCGUUCGUGGUCGUGCAAAACACGACGCUGACGUUCAUCUGGUUCGUCCACGCCGACUGGGAGGGAUUCUGGUACGCUUACAUAUUCUGCGCGAUUCUCGUCAGCAUGGUGCUGUGCGUUUCGUCGUCCACGGUGUACCAUGCAAUGUUCAAGCCAAAGAAAUGCCGGGUCUACAGCAGCUGACGAUCGCUGGAGGAGGCUCUGCCUUUUGGAUAAGUCUUUCCUUCUCUGAGAAUCGUACUUCCGUUUUUUUUUUUUACAGUACAUUACAUUAGCAGUUUUUACAGCUCUAACGUACAGGUUGUGAAUAAAUCGUGGACACGACAUGCUUGAGACAUUGAUAAUGAAAAAUUUAUUGACAAUUUUCGACGAUUCAUUUGCAGCCUGUAAGUGUUACUUUUUUAACUUUUGAUAAAAGGCUUGCCUUGCUGUGUUCAGACGUUUUGAAAACAGUAUUUUAUGCAGUCAUACGCAGAUUCAUAUCGUCGAAAGUAUCGUAUAUUUACGAGUAAUCCCUAUAUAUUACAGCUGAUUGCAGUCUUAUGCUAAUUAGAACGUUAAUCGUUGUAAAAAAAGACUUAGGCCCGGUUGCACCAACGUCACUUAACCGUAGCCUAACUAAAGGUAAGCGACGUUGCAACCAACUUCGGGCCUUAUAGACGUAGUCACUAUUAGGCUGCUGCCAAGAGUUUUGCCGCAUCUUGCCAAGCGAAAAACAAAAUGUAUAAUUUUGGAAUAAUUUUUACUACUGGAAGUAUAAUAGUCAAAGGCAUUGUUUCCCUUAGGAUUUAUGAACUCGUCGUUUAAAACAGCUAUAAGUCAUUAAGUUUAAACAUCAAGUAGAAAAGUGGCAAACUUCUUGCAUCAGUCUAAUGUUUUGGGCAGCAUGUUCUCUUUAACUAUACACAUGAGAAUAUUUACAGUGUUGUACACAUUUACAUAAAGAAAGCAGCAUAGCCACGUGACCGCUUGUACAUAAAUUUUUUAA